UUCGCGGCGGCUCACUGAACACAGAACGCCUUCAGUCGCCGACAACCAGGGUGAGUCCACGUGUCGCUCUCUGCUGCUGCUGAUGCAUACCUGCUCUCCAACCACAGUGGACUGGCGAUUAAAAGCACCGAGUGACUUGUAAUCCACGCGUCUGAUUAUACAACGCGACUCAUCCUGUUGAAGAUCGAAUGCAAGGAAUCACUGCAACGUGACUGGAGUGAUACGGGGUGACUGAAGACUGACGUCAUGGACUCAAAGGUAUACAUAUCCAACCCCAACCCGAAGGCUACAGCGAACCCGGUCUCAAAGCUCUUCGUGUGGUGGUUGCGGAAACUCGUGUGGAAGGCGAAUCUGACAGAGUACGACCUGUACGACAGGCUAGACUGUGACGCAACAGAGAAGCUGGGAGACAGGCUGCAGAAGUCAUGGGAUAAAGAAGUAAUCAGAUCCAAACAGAAGGGUACAAAACCAAGUUUCGGAAGAGCAAUUGUUAGGACUUUCGGCCUACGCUAUUUCAUGUACGGCGUAAUUCAUCUUUUUGACCAGUUAGUGCUCAGAGUAGCUCAGCCAAUUCUGUUGGGCUUGACUAUACAGUAUUUCAACCCAGAUAGUAAUAUUACGGCACAGGAAGCAUACAUUUAUGGCAGCCUUAUGGUGCUAAUCAACUUCCUCAAGCUAUUCUGGCAUCAUCACCACACAAUGUUGACCACUUACGUUGGCAUGAGAAUCAGAGUUGCCUGUUGUGCUCUGAUUUACAGGAAGAUACUGCGCAUCAACAAACAGUCCAUGGACGUGACGGCGACCGGGCAAGUGAUCAACCUGCUGUCCAACGACGUGGCGCGCUUCGACCAGGCGUCGCUGCACGCCAACUGGCUGUGGUUCAGCUCGCUGCAGCUGGCGCUCGUCACCUACUGCCUCUACAGCUACGUCUCCUGGGCCGCCUACGCCGGCAUCGUCUACAUCGUCCUCAUGACAGUACCACCGCAGAUGUACAUGGGGAGACUGUCAGCGCGAUUCCGUAAGCGAGUGGCCGUCCGCACUGACGAGAGGAUGAGGAUGAUGAACGAGCUGGUGCAGGGCAUACAGGUGGUCAAGAUGUACGCCUGGGAGAAGCCCUUCGCCAAGCUCGUGGCCAUGGCCAGGAAAUCUGAAGUUCACAAACUAUUGCACGUGGCUUACCUGAAGAGUGUUAUACUGGCAUCCAGUGUGUUUAUAGAGAGGUCUGCUCUUCUGGUCACGCUCGCAGCUUACUUUCUGGGUGGGAAAAUUGCCGGACCCGAGCAGAUUUUCGCAAUCUCUCAGUUCUACAACGUGCUCAACUCGUCUCUGGCCCUGUGGGUGCCACUCAGUAUGUCUGCUCUGCAGGAGGCACGUGUGUCCGCCCAUCGUAUUCAGGAGUUCCUCCUGAAGCCAGAGGCCAGCGUGGAGCACUCCAGCCAGGACGCCACCACGGGAGAGGUGAGCCUGCAGCACGUGUCGGCCACGUGGGACGGCGGCGCCGACGUCCUCUGCGGCAUCAACCUCACCGUCUUACCCGGCCAGCUGUGCGCUGUCAUAGGGCCUGUGGGCUGCGGAAAGAGCUCUCUGCUGUAUCUGCUGAUAAACGAGUUGUCUCCGUCGUCUGGAAGCCUGAGGAUUGGUGGGAAGGUGUCGUACGCGAGCCAGGAGCCGUGGGUAUUCGUGGGCAGCGUGCGGCAGAACAUCCUGUUCGGACAGCCGUACGACCGGAAGAAGUACCAGCGCGUGGUGGAGGCGUGCGCCCUGUCCAAGGACUUUGAGCUGCUGCCGUACGGCGACCAGACGCUGGUGGGCGAGAAGGGCAUCACCCUCAGCGGCGGACAGAGGGCCAGGGUCAGCCUCGCCAGAGCUGUUUACCGUGAUGCAGACAUUUACCUGCUAGAUGAUCCUUUAUCUGCUGUGGACACCCAUGUAGGGAAACAUCUCUUGGAUGAAUGCAUCAACUCCUACCUGAGCAACAAGACCAGAAUCCUGGUCACUCACCAGCUGCAGCACGUCAAGGGCUCCGACAACAUCGUGGUGCUCAACAAGGGCAAGAUUGAUUAUCAAGGAACCUUCGACGAGAUUAUGGGUAGUGGCGUAAGCUUUUCAAAAUUGAUGUCGAGCAACGACGCGGAAGAAGAUGUGCCAGAGGAGUUCACCAUCAUGCGAAAACACAGUACGAGAAAGUCGUUGCAGGGCGAGGACAACAUCCUAAGACGUUCGAAGCGUUUAGGAUCACGGAGGGAUAAUGCAAAUGUUCUCCAGAGCGAAAUCUCCACUUUGUCCGAAGUGAGUGUCAUUAUUGACGAGACUGGGAAGCUGCACAGAGACCCCUCUGAGCAGGACAACAGCGAGAAGAUGCUGAAGGCACCGUUCAGGUGGUCCACCGUGUGGCAGUACUACAGGGCCGCGGGAGGCAUGUGGCUGCUCUUCUCCGUGAUGGCCAUGAUUGUCGUCGCCCAAGUCAUCACCAGUGGUUCGGACUACGUGGUGACGUACUGGUCUGACACGGAGGUGGUGAGGCGCUCGCUGCAGCAGCAGCUGGAGGAGUCCGGCGGCGGCGAGGGCGACGGCGCGCAGCGGCGCCAGCUGGACGCGCUGCCCUCAGCGCAGACGUUCCUCGAGUUGCUGGCCGGCCUCGUGCUCGGCUGCAUCGCCUUCACGCAGCUCCGCUCCGUCGCCUUCUUCACCUUCUGCAUGCGAGCCUCCAAAAAUCUCCACAGCCGCAUGUUCAACAGCGUCCUGAGGGCCACUAUGAGCUUUUUCGACACGAAUCCGUCGGGGAGGAUUUUGAACAGAUUCUCCAAAGACGUCGGCUCCACAGACGAUCUACUUCCGCAGUUUAUGAUGAAUAUGAUACAGGUAUACAUGGCGCUCUGCGGCAUCCUGGCAAUGGUCCUCGUGGUGAACUACUUGCUAAUUGUUCCGAUGGUCAUUAUCGGAGCACUGUUUGGCGUUGUGGCGAAGCGUUUCAUGACAACUGGGAGAAACAUCAAAAGACUCGAAGGCAUCCGUAGAAGUCCCAUGUUCUCCCAUCUUUCGGACACACUCAACGGCCUGGCCACAAUAAGAUCUUCAGGAGUUCAGGAUAUUGUACGGAAAGAAUUCGAUGAACACCAGGAUCGCCAUACGUCAGCGUGGUUUCUUUACAUUACGAAUACGGCAGCCCUCGGCAUAUGGCUGGAUUUGCUGAGCAGCACAUUUGUUGGUGUGGUGACGUACAGUUUCCUCGUCCUUUCAACAGCUUCCUUCGGUGGAUCUGGCGUCGGACUGGCCAUUUCACAGUCACUUACUCUGACAGUUAUGCUACAGUUCGGUAUCCUGCAAAUGACCGAAGUCCUCAGUCAGAUGACGUCAGUGGAGAGAAUCCUCGAAUAUACCAAAAUUCCAUCCGAAGCAGCUUUGGAGUCGACACCAGAUAAAAAACCACCAGAUACAUGGCCUCAGAGAGGUCACAUCACCUUUCGGAAGGUAUAUCUGAAAUAUAAGCCAACAGAAUCUCCAGUCCUCAGAGAUCUUAAUUUCUCUAUUCAAGCAAUGCAUAAGGUCGGUAUUGUAGGAAGAACUGGCGCUGGAAAAUCGUCUCUAAUCUCCGCCCUUUUCCGCCUGGUCAAUAUAGACGGGACUAUUCUAAUAGAUGACAUCGACAUUAGCAGCCUCGGCCUGCACGACCUGCGAAAGAAAGUCUCGAUUAUUCCCCAGGAGCCCGUUCUGUUCUCAGAGACGCUCCGCUUUAAUCUGGACCCGUUCUCUGAGUUUGAUGAUGACAAGCUCUGGAAUGCCCUUGAAGAGGUGGAGCUCAAAUCCGGUAUACAGACGCUAGACUUCCAGGUGACGGAGGGCGGCAGUAACUUCAGCGUGGGCCAGAGGCAGCUGCUGUGUCUGGCGAGGGCCAUACUCAGGAACAACAGGAUCCUGGUGCUCGACGAGGCCACCGCCAACGUCGACCCAGAGACAGACGCUCUGAUUCAGACUACAAUUCGCAGAAAAUUCAGGCACUGUACAGUGCUCACCGUAGCCCACAGGCUGAAUACCGUUAUGGAUUCCGACAAGGUUUUGGUAAUGGACGCUGGAGCUAUGGUGGAAUAUGAUCAUCCAUACACUCUACUAAAAAAUCCAACUGGUUUUCUGUCGAAGCUUGUAGAGGAAACGGGCUCAGCCAUGGCAGAACAGCUGCGCUGCAUCGCCAGACAGAGCUAUACUCAGCUACAAGGUUUGGAAGAAGAAUCAGACUGACGGACAUGAAAUUUAUGAAUCUUCAUUUACUGCCUCAAAUUUUGUUUGUACAAGGUGUUAUCUGCAAGAACUGCCUGUGGAAUGGACUAUUUCCACGUUUCGCUAACGGAACAGUUAUUUCCAACGAUCUCUGAUGAGAAGUAUUCUCCAUGGACUGUUGUUUUGUUAAUUCUCUUAUGUUUCCCAGCUAAUUUGUCAUGACGAAUUAAAACUAGAUCAAAACUGGGUCUGAGUGUUAACAUUCGCAAAGCUUGCUUUCACACCCAUAUAUUUUGGUGAUGACUAUCUUUAGAUGGUAUCCGAUGACAUCUCAGUGUAGGGCAUCAAAUGUUGUAUUCGAGUAAAUUACUUACCUUAUGGUUCGCAGAUUCAGAAUCUACGUAGCCUUCAAUGAACUACUUAUAAAAAAUGCACUUGAACAUACCAUCUGCAGGAAAUAAUCACAAAACUCAUUCUGGACCAAAGACAGCAGUUACAUGUAACAAGUCUUCUUGUCAAACAAUUAACAUCUUCCAUUACAAAGUAAGAUUAAAACGAAAAAGAAGAAAGAACAAAAUGCCCAUAAUGUGAAUCAUUGCCUCAUUUCUUUACUGUCAAACUGCAAGUUCAUCUGGAUGAGAAACAAUUCUGUAUGUGCUUCACAAUGACCCAAUAUCAUUUUACUUCCAUUUAGAUUCUAUUAAUCACGCUGGAAACAUAAAACGAAUUGUAGUAAACCGAUAGCCGUCCCAAAAUGAUUACUGGUUAAUACGUUACAAUGCCUCUCAGUUUCUGUUCCAUUACCUAGCUGUAACCUGAAUUGAUUGUGUCCAAACGGUACCAAUAAAAGACAUCUUCCUAUCUUUUAA